UUUUAUUGCUCCACUUUUGGUUAGGCCCCUCCGGGCGUUCUGACGUUCUCAUCGGGGGGUAUAUAAGCCUUCCAAACUCCAAUCAUUCAAUCACAGCCCAGCCAUCAUCCAGCAAUCCAGCUAGAUCCGCAAAAAGUCAACUCAACCCCCAGAAAAAUGAAGUUCUUCAUCGCCAGCCUCCUGAUCGCCGCCUGCGUGGCCUUCGUCCAGAGCAGCGUGCUCCAUGGAGCCGGCAUCGCCUACGCCCCAGUGUCCGUUCCCGUGGUGCGCUCCGUGCCCGUAGUCCGCUCCGUGCCUGUGGUUCGUUCCGUCCCCGUAGUCCGCUCCGUUCCUGUUGUGCGCUCCGUGCCGGUGGUGCGAUCUGUGCCCGUGGUGGAGUCCGUGCCAGUGGUGUCCUCGGUGCGCCUGGGACACUCCGCCGUGUACGAGUCUCCUCUGGCCUACGGUGGCUGGCUGAAGCAGAAGUAGGAUGCUCCCUCCAAAGGAACGCCACUUUUUCUCUAUCUGUAUAAAAUAAAGCCCGAAUAAAACGAAUAAGUAAUAAA